CUGAUAGAAGGUACAGGGAUGCGACAAGAGCCUGUCGGAGUAACGAUAGUCCAAAAUCGUUGCCACAGAAAUGACAGUGUCGCUUACGACAUCGCUGAAAGUGCUCUAUUGACGAUCAAUACGAAUACUUUAUUUCCUACCGGCAUAUCGCGAGAUUUCUCCAUUUUAGUCGUUGCCAGGCCAAGAUACGGAUAUCCUGUUGCCACGGUGUUUGCGAUCUACAGUGACAGCGGUGAGGAACAGUUGGUGCUAUCGUUGGGCAAUGAUGUAACUCUUUACUAUAGUACCACGCCAGACGACGACGAUCAGUCUAUUUCGUUCGGGGUUGACAUCUCCGAUGGAAAAUGGCAUCGCUUAGGUGUCAGUAUUAAGGGAGAUACGGUCACGCUUAUCGUCGAUUGCACCAGGCAUAUUUCUAAAGAACUCCGGAGGAAUCUCGACGAGACCAUCAGUGUUGAUGGUAUUAUAAUAAUUGGCCAACAGCUUGUCGAUGGGAAUAUGUAUUUGGUUAGUAGAAAAUGGUGGGGCAGUCUUGAUAUAUGGCAAUGGACUGGAGCGAGAGGAAUUAUGAGACUAGCCAUGUAAACAAAUUUAUU